ACGCAUACUGUAACUGCAUAAUCAUAUAUAAAUCAUAUAUUUUCACAAUCAAACUCACCUUCCGGACUUUGUAUUGAAAGAACCAUCUUGGUAGCUCUCCACUCCGCCUCCGCUUUUUACGACCACAAAAACACCAUACAACAUGUCCGACGAUGCCGCUGAUGUGGACGCCUGUGCCAUUGACAACAGUGAAUCUCACUUUGGAUUGCGGAUUGGGUCCAUCUUCAUCAUAUUGGUUACGUCAGUGAUUGGCACUGUACUCCCUAUCAUCUUGAGACAAAGCAGUUUCGUUCCAAGGCCGGUGUUCGAUUUUGCCAAAUACUUCGGUUCAGGUGUAAUCAUAGCAACAGCGUUUAUACAUCUAUUAGCACCAGCAUGGGAAGAGUUGACUUCAGAGUGUCUGUCAGGCGCAUGGGAGGACUAUGAUUGGGCACCUGCCAUCGUUAUGGCUGCUGUGUACUUCAUCUUCUUUGCUGAAGUCGCCGCUUAUCGAGCGGGUACACGGCGACUUCAGCGAUUGGGCAUCAACUAUAGCUCCCACGCUCACGACGAGACUGAUGCGCACGCGCACACCCACGAUCACGAACCUCCUCUUGGCGUGGAUGUCACUGCCCCUGCUCCCGACCAUCACAUUCAUCCCGACCAUUCCAACAUCACCUCUCAUCCUCACGGACAUCAUCGCACAUCGUCGGGCGAGAAGGGCAAGGAUGCGGAGUCUGCCUCUGAUGUCUCGACUGUGAACCAGCUUCCUAGUCAAGCUGAGGCUGCUGCUCAGCUUAUCGCCGUUGCAGUUUUGGAAUUCGGUGUCGUUCUUCACUCUGUUAUCAUCGGUCUUACUCUCGCUGUCGACGAAUCCUUCGUUACCCUUUUUAUUGUCAUCAUCUUCCACCAAAUGUUCGAAGGUCUCGGUCUCGGCUCCCGUCUCUCAAUCCUCACUCUUCCCGAAAAUUUGUGGUGGACGCGGUACGCCGCCGCCAUUUUCUACUCUCUAUGCACACCUGUUGGCGUCGCCAUCGGUCUCGGUGUUCGAUCCACCUACAACGGUAACGGUGCGAAAGCCAACAUCAUUUCAGGUGUCCUCGAUGCCACUUCGGCUGGUAUCUUGCUUUACACCGGUCUCGUCGAAUUGCUCGCCCAUGAGGUGUUGUUAAACCCCAGGAUGAUGAAGUCGAGCAACUCGAAGUUGGCUUAUGUCUUCUGCUGUAUGCUUUUAGGUUCCGGUCUCAUGGCGUUACUUGGUCGAUGGGCUUAAGAAAUGAAGGACAUCCGUGAGAAGAUUAUGUCGUAGAUGUUCAGCAGGCCUGCUAUCUGGGAUAUCUAGAUGUGCAUUUUUAUAUAGAUUAUGACCUAGAAAAUUAAUUAAUUAAUGCAUAAUGAGCUAUCUGUAUG